GAGCUGCCCAGGGGACUGCAGGCAGAGAAACCCGGCGCGUGUGAGACCGAGCCCCCGCGCUGAGCUCCAAGGGGGGGAACUUUGCUACUAGCCGCGAAAACCAGAAAAAGUGCGAGAGAGCCUAUUUACCAGGUCCUAGGGCAGGGGAGCAGGAGCUGACCCAAAUCCCUUGCAGUCCUGGUUUAUUUUAGUGUGUGUGUGUGGGAGAGACAAAGGACUGCUUUAUUCCAUAGAUACUCCACGUCUGGGCUGUUGGAAAUUGUCACCUGGCUUCAGCCUCUGCACAGCGCUUCACUGAGCCCUGGACAGCGACCGAGCUGCAGAAAAAAAUCUUUGCUCCGAAGUCAGAUUCCUUACAAAAAACCUGACACACCCCAGCGCGCGAAUCUCUGGCAAUUGCUGACUCAAGUUUCGGUGGGCAAGAACAGCGCGUUUCCCACCAGCGGUUCCUGGUUUGUUGGGGUUACACUGCUGCGCGUUCAGGGAAAGUGCCAAGGAACAUGGGAAAGUCUGGUGGAAAGCUCUGAAAAGGGUGGGAGAAGCCCCGGUGAAGGGUGCUGUUGUGGAUAUACAGGACAAGAAGUGUUGCCAGCUCUCUGCUCCAGUGAGUCGUAUGGCUUGAAGGGUGGAGCUGGAACCUGGCAUUGUUACCUUCAUGGAUCCCCUGAACGUGUCCUGGUACAAUGACGACAUUGGCAACAGGAACUGGAGCAAGCCUCUCAAUGGGUCCACUGAAGACCAGAAGCCACACUACAACUACUACGCCAUGCUUCUCACCCUUCUCAUCUUCGUCAUUGUCUUCGGCAACGUGUUGGUGUGCAUGGCCGUGUCCAGGGAAAAAGCCCUUCAGACCACCACUAACUACCUGAUCGUGAGCCUGGCCGUGGCAGAUCUCUUGGUGGCAACUCUGGUGAUGCCCUGGGUAGUCUACCUAGAGGUGGUCGGUGAGUGGAGAUUUAGCCGGAUCCACUGUGACAUCUUUGUCACCCUGGACGUUAUGAUGUGUACUGCCAGCAUCCUCAACCUCUGUGCCAUCAGCAUUGACAGGUACACCGCAGUAGCAAUGCCCAUGCUUUAUAACACACGCUACAGCUCCAGGCGCAGAGUCACUGUCAUGAUCUCCGUGGUCUGGGUCCUGUCCUUCGCCAUCUCCUGCCCACUUCUGUUUGGUCUCAACAACACAGCCAAGAAUGAGUGUAUCAUUGCCAAUCCUGCCUUUGUUGUGUAUUCCUCUAUCGUCUCCUUCUACGUUCCCUUCAUUGUCACCCUGCUGGUAUACGUACAGAUUUACGUAGUGCUCCGGAAACGCAGGAAGCGCGUCAACACCAAGCGCAACAUCCACGGCCUGGACUCUGACACGCAGGCACCUCUGAAGGACAAAUGCACUCAUCCAGAAGAUGUGAAGCUCUGCACUGUCAUUGUCAAGUCCAACGGGAGUUUCCCAGUUAAUAAGCGGAAAGUGGAGGCAGUGAAUCACGUGGAGGAGAUGGAGAUGGAGAUGGUGUCCAGUACCAGCCCCCCUGAAAAAACCAAACACAAACCAGCCCUGCUGAGUAACCACCAAUUGGUUAUGCCAGCCACUUCCAACCAGUGCAUCAAUUCCACCCUGGAUUUUCCCUUGGACAGCCCCACGAAAACGGAGAAGAAUGGGCACGCCAAAGACAACCCAAAGACGGCCAAGGCCUUUGAGAUCCAGUCCAUGCCCAACGGCAAGACAAGGACUUCCCUCAAGACCCUGAGCAGGAGGAAACUCUCACAGCAGAAGGAAAAGAAAGCCACCCAGAUGCUAGCCAUUGUGCUUGGUGUUUUCAUCAUAUGCUGGCUCCCCUUUUUCAUCACCCACAUCCUGAACAUGCAUUGCAACUGCAUCAUUCCACCGGCGAUGUACAGUGCCUUCACAUGGCUCGGGUAUGUCAACAGCGCCGUCAACCCAAUUAUUUACACCACCUUCAACAUUGAGUUCCGCAAGGCCUUCAUGAAGAUCCUCCAUUGCUAAAUAAAGCCUGAGAGCAAGAUGAUGCCAUGCACACACCACAUACACACACACAGGCGAAUAGGGAGUCAUGAGGAGGCCUAUGGUGUUAAGACAGUGCCAUGCCUAUGCACCCUUAUAGCUGGGACGUAAUGGGUGGCUUCAAGUGGGAUGCUCUCUCUUAUUCUUAAGGUGACCUUGGACUCCGAGAUCAACCCAAAGGGCAGUUUUAAGAGGUACUCUCACACUGUGUUUGAAGAUACAGAAGCAAAAACUAAGACACACUCAUUUGAUACCUGCCUGUGGCCAACUGACCUCCAGUGCAUUAAUUGUGGACAUUAGCAGAGCCAGCGGUGGACAGUGAUUGGUCACUAUGCUGGUUGCUCACACGUUAACAUCAUUGAUACAAUUCUCACCAAAGACACCGACAUCUUUUCUGCUUUGCAAUAGGAGCCAGAAAGCCAGAGCUCACAGGAACUCCAUGCAAUGGCUUUGCCAUCACCUCCAGCUGACCAGUCCAGUAUCAAAUGGCUGAAGCCUUCAGACAAAGACUUAGAGAGGUGCCAACUGGGCUAAGAAGGUUCUGCCAUCAUACAAGAUCCGAUAUCUACAGACAUAUGGGUCCAGGGGAAGUGGGUGCAGGAGGAGAAUGGAAACCUGUAUCACAUAUGGUGUCAUAACACAAAUGUAAAUAUGAAAAAAUAGGAUGAAUUGAACAGAAGCCCAAGCCAAAAAAAAAAAAAACAUAAAUAAAGAGAGAAAAAAAUAAAUAAAUGACACCUUGUCUUGCAUGGUACGUGCGUGCUAUGAUUCAAAGGGUACCCAUCGUCACCAUUCAAAGCCAUGUCCACCUGCCAGGAUUUUCAUCUCCAAGUUACAAGUUAUUGUACAAAGUUAGCUGCAGUGUGAUGGUGUCAUUCAUAUAGUGGCACAAGGACAAGGUGAAAGAGAAGGCCGCUGGAGCCAUGUCCAUCCCUGGUAUAACUCCAGUGAAGUCAUCAGAGUUAGACCUUCAAGUUGAAUUUGGCCCCUGUAGCAUGGGUUUAACCAAACAGGGAGGGAAACUACUUUUCAUUGGCCAUCCUGGCUUCCCCCUUCCCUUACGACUCUGCAUUGAGGCAGAGUUGUGUAUUAGGUUCUAAGUCUCAGCCAUCACUCUAAAGGACAAUAACUUCACUAUAAGCAAGAUCUUAAGCCACUGACUCACACUGAUAAGCUGUAGUUGCUUUCAUGAACAAUCCCGCUGUCUUCAGAGGAACUAUUCCUGAGAGUAACCAUUCACCACCGUGAGUUAAGGGCCUUUGCAAUCUGACCUUGGUGGGUUUGGGAGGGAAACUGAAAGGUUCUGAAAGUGUCUCUAGGUAC